AAUAGAGAGCGGAGUGAGGGCUCCUAUGGCAUGAAUCUGCAUCUUGAACAAAUUUCGGCCGCGAUAUAACUCUCGGCGCCUUGGAUGUCCGGCGGUUGCUCCUCGGCUGCUCGUUCUUAUCAUGGUCUUAAGCCAGAAAAUUGGGCAGCAUGCGGACUCUGAAGGUGCUCAUGCCUCCCCCUGCCAUGAACAUUGCCCAUGUAAGUCGGGCUGUCCAUGUCCCGCCGCCCAGCCAUGGCGAUUCGGGUUUCCUGAUCAAGUGCGUCAAGACGACCAGCGACGAUCUCUUCGGCAUCUCCUUUGACGACACCGCCGAGAAUAACUUAUUCUCUCAUGUGCUGUUAGAAGUGUCGUUCGUCAUCGUGGUCACUCGGAUUAUCCGAUUUCUCCUCAAGCCUCUUCGUCAGCCUAGAAUUGUCUCGGAGAUCCUCGGUGGAGUGCUCGUCGGACCCUCCAUUCUGAGCCACAUUCCCAAGUUCGUAAAAUAUGUGUAUCCAGGUAGCGCCAAUUUCGUGGUGCGGAACGUUGGCGUAAUCGGUUUCAUGUAUUUCCUAUUCAUGGCGGGUGUGAGAACUGAUAUGUCCAUGGUGAGGAGGUCGGCGAAGAAACAUGUGUACCUAGCAUUGACAGGCGUGUUCAUUCCCUCGUUCGUAGUGAUAGUAGUUGGUCUGAUCAUGCGACGGUCCAUGAAUGACGCUUAUGGAAAUUCGUCUUCCAUUGCGGUUCUUGGUUCGUCCACGGCUGUAACGUCAUUCCCCGUUCUGUAUCCCAUCCUCAAGGAACUGAAUCUUCUGAAUUCUGAGGUUGGACGCCUGGCCUUAUCGUCGGCAAUAGUCGGGGAUAUGAUAGGAAUCGUCGUUGUCAUUCUAUUCGAAGCAGCAAUCCAAGCGAAAACCGGUUCCAUCAAAGGCUUGUGGUGCUUGGCUACAGUGGUGGUAACGAUGGCCAUCAUGUUUCUCUGCAUUAGGCCUGCAGCUUCUUGGAUCAUUCGAAAUACCCCAGAAGGCAAGCCCGUCGACCAACCUUACAUCAUAGUGAUCCUUGUUGGGGUAUUGGUCACGGGGUUCCUGACCGACUUCUUAGGCGUGGGCAUCGCUAACGGGCCUCUGUGGCUGGGGUUGAUGAUUCCUGAUGGCCCCCCGCUCGGGACAACUUUGGUGGAGAGGAGCGACACUAUAAUCAUGGAGCUUCUUAUGCCGUUUUCCUUCAUGUACAUCGGCCAGUCCACGGAUUUGGCUGCGAUGGGGAAGGCGUGGUCGAACCUGAAACCAAUAUUGGCCAUUGUUGCAAUUGGGCACUUUACUAAAGUGGUGUCGAGUCUUUUGGCCGGUCUCUUAAUCGACAUGCCCGUCGCGGAUGGUCUUGCCCUUGGCCUCAUCAUGACUCUGAGGGGUCAGGUUGAUGUCUUGUUGUUUGCUCAUUGGUCGGAAAAAGAGGUCAUACAACCUCAGGUGUACACGAUGAUGGUGAUGCUUUCAGCGGUGGUCAGUGCAAUAUCCACACCGCUGAUCGGCAUUCUGUACGAUCCCAAAAAGCCUUACAUGGUGAACCGAAGGCGAACCAUCCAACACACUCCUCCUUCCACAGAAUUCGGCGUAGUGCUUAAAAUCCACGACGAAGAAGAUAUAGCCAGGUUCAUCAACUUCAUAGAAGUCUCCAAUCCCACUGUGAGCACUCCGAUCUCAAUCUAUGGUCUGCACCUCAUGCAGUUGGUCGGUCGCGGGUACCCUAGGCUCUUCGACCACAAAAAGCUGGAGCAGUAUUCUAAGUACGCCAUCUACGAGACCAUCCACCAAGCCAUGAAACUCUACCAGGAAAGCAAGAGCGAGUGCAUCAGCUACCACGCCUACACGGCCAUGUCCCCGAAGCAAACCAUGUUUCGAGAUAUAUGUGAGCUCGCCCUCAUUAACAAGGCUACUUUGAUCCUCCUCCCAUACCACAAAAAUCUCCCCCGGAACCAUCAUAGAACUGUGCUUGUGAGCAACGUGUUGGAUAACGCACCGUGCUCCGUGGGCAUUCUCUUGGACAAGGGCCAUUUUAGAAGCAACUCGAUGCCGAUGGGCGACCUUUCUGCCUUCCGAGCACAGUCCCACCAAUUAGUCCUCCUAUUUUUAGGAGGCGCGGAUGCUCGAGAAGCGCUUUAUUACGCAGAUCGGAUGGUGGGGAACCUGAACGUGCGUCUCACCGUGAUCCGAUUCCUUGCCCACGACGGGCUCGGGGAUGACGAGAUGGAAAAGAAGCUGGACGACGGGGUGGUGACCUGGUUUUGGAUGAAGAAUGAGGUGAACAGGAGGGUACAUUACAGGGAGGUGGAGGUGAGGAACGGCGAAGAAACGGUGGCCACUGUCCACGCGAUGAACGACAACACGUUCGAUCUCUGGAUCGUGGGGAGGAAGCAGGGCAUAAACCCGGUGCUGCUGCAAGGGUUGACGGACUGGAGCGACAACAACGACCUGGGAGUGAUAGGAGACUUAGUGUCGUCCAUGGAUUGCAAUGCGGCAGCUUCGGUGCUAGUGGUCCAACAACAAGUUCUGAGGGAGCAAAAGCAUUGGCUCCGGCGUUUCGGGUGACACAACAGAACCUUAGGAACAGAUGGUCUGUAGAGUCUUAGUUUGUUCAGGAUGAUUAUUAGGAAAAGCAUCCAAGCGGAAGAAGCAUGAAUGAUGAUGAUGCCUUCUUCUGUGGAAGAGAUGUCGCUCGAUACGAUCAUUGUCUGAAGUGCUGAAAUCGCAGUUCCAUGUUGGAUGCUCCAUGCAUUUUCAUAGAGUGAGAUAUAAGACAGUGCUUUUGCAACCUCUGUCCGGGACUGUCGUGGCCUAAUGAAACAUAGUAUCUUCUGUUCAAAUGCACGCCAGUGCAUCAUCAAUUGGAAGAACACAGAGCAUUGCAUCGA